CCCCAAAGCUUAUGGCGGCCUUUCCAUGGCUCAGUUUGGAUUUUCAAUCCUGUUCAUGGAGGAAUGUGAGAAUUGGACUGAGUGGGGCUGAAACGUGGGUAAGGGGUCAAGUGAGUGCUUAAACCCUGCAGCUCCUGGUUUGGUUACGUGGGUAACUGCUUUGCAACCUGGAGCUCAGUAGAUAUUCGGGAGCCUGAGCUGGAGCAGGUUGAGUGUGUCACCCCCUGGGAGGGAUGCUGGGCUGGCCCUGACUGUGCAGAGCACAGCCCCGCUGCCAUGGGACCUGCCACGGCUUCAGCAAUUCCCCGGGAUAGAGACAAGCCAGGCAGGACUGAGAGCACACACGUGUGCUCACAGGCACUUGUGUCUGAGCUGUCUUCCAGUCACCCUUGUGCUGCUCCAGAGCCCUGGCACUCACCACUGCUGGCAGGUGCUGCUCCUCUGGGGCUGAAUGUUCCUGUUUGGGUGUUUCAUCCAGCUCUGAGCCUUCCUCACCUUCCCAACAUCAGUGCAGUGGGAAGGGCUGCUCCGGAGGGAAGUGUGUGGGUGUCCCUGUGGCAGUGGGACUGUGUGUGCGUGCACCAGUCCCACCAGUGACACCGAGAGCUGCCGGUGAUGCCGGCACUCAGUGGGAUGCCCCCGCAUGGUGCUGGGGCUGUCGCAUAGCCUGGCCUGCCCUGAGCACCACUGUCACCACCGCUGUCACCACACCACCAUCGCCAUGCCACCACAGCCCUUCGCUGAGCCCUGGCUGAGGUUUGCAGGGCCCUAAUCCCUUUCCCUUGUGUCUCUUUCAUCUCCAGUCGGACCAGGAGAGUGGUAAUAGACCUUCUUACUAAAUUAAAUGUGCAGGCUGCUCCUCAAGGCACGGCGCGGUUCAACCGUAGUGUUUGAUUUCCCAGCCACAGCAGUAUGGUGCCUCCAGGGAAAAAGCCGGCUGGGGAAACUUCCAAUUCCAAUAAAAAGUGUAAACGCUAUUUCAAUGAGCACUGGAAGGAAGAAUUUACCUGGCUGGAGUUUGACUAUGAGAGGAAACUCAUGUUUUGCAUAGAGUGUCGGCAGGCGCUGGUGAAGAACAAGCACGGUAAAGCGGAGAACGCCUUUACCGUGGGCACGGACAACUUCCAGCGCCACGCACUGCUGCGGCACGUCACCUCCGGCGCGCACCGCCAGGCGCUGGCCGUGAACCGCGAGCAGCUGGCCUUCGAGACCCGGGUCCACGGCCACCCCGAACUGCGCUCGGUCAUCAAGGUGGAGGUGAACCCGGCGAAGGUGGCUGUCCUCACCACCGUCUACUGGAUGGCCAAGGAGGAGAUCCCGGAUGAGAAGUGCUCCUCCCUGCUCAACUUCCAGAAGUUCAACCUGUGCCAGGCGCUGCUGGCCUCGGAGCACAGCGAGUACUACCACCCCGGCAGCGUCAGGGAGAUGCAGGCAGCCAUCGCCAAAGUCCUGCACAACGAGGACAGGCACAGGAUCAAAGCCUCGCCGUUUGUGGGGCUGGUGGUGGAUGAGACAGUGGAUGUCCUGGAGCACCGCAGCCUCGCCAUGUUCACCACGACUGUCUCCCCCUGCAACGGGCAGACCUCCACUGCCUUCUUGGGCAGCUUCGAGCUGCCCGCCGGGGAGGCCUCCACCGUGGCGGGCAAGGUGGGUGAGGUGAUGCGCUCCUUCGGCAUCCCCACCAUGAAGCUCGCCUGGCUCAGUGCCGACAGCACCUCGCUGGUGGCCGAGCGGCUGAACGGGGUGGGGACCGCGCUAACCUCGCUCUGCCCGCUCCUCACCGAGAUGCACUGCCUGUCCCACGGCAGCUCCCUGCUGCCGGCUGAGACCAUCGGCACCACUGAGUACCUCCAGAAGUACGAGACCACUGUGGAUGCUGUGUACAGGCUCUACUCCAGCUUCCAGGGGGGAAGCGAUGGCCUGCGGGAGCUGCGGAGCGUCCUGGACCUUUGUGAGAUAGACCUUGGGAGCCCCAAAGCCAUCCACUGGACUUCUAUCUUCCCAGCUGUGGAAGCCAUUGACUCCUCGUGGCCCACACUGGUGCUGCUGCUGGAGAGCGAGGCAGAGCACUCGCCUGUGGCCCGUGGCCUCUGCGAAGAGCUCAAGAAGUUCCAGUUUGUGGCCUUCACCAAGAUCCUCCUGGACGUCCUCCCCAUCUUCCAGAAGCUCAGUCGCUUCUUCCAGAUCGAGGACUUUGACCUUUCCCUCCUGAAGCCCAUCGUCUCGGCCACGGCCGCCACGCUGCAGGCCCAGCAGAGCACCAGCGGCCAGAACCUCCAGGAGUUCCUCAGCGAGAUGAACGAGCACCCGCGGGACGGCCAGGAGGGUGAGAGCCGCCUCUACUACAAGGGUAUCGAGCUGGCCAACUGCUCUCAGGUGCACCUGAAGCACUUUGAGCACUUGAAGGAGACCUACCUGGAGAGUGUGCGGGGCAACCUGCUAGACAGGUUCCCCACCAGCGUUCUGGAGGCCAUCAGCUCCUUCUCAGCCAUUUUCAACCCCAAGUGCUAUCCCCAGUCUCUGGAGGACAUUGGCAGCUAUGGAGUCAGCGAGCUGAAUUUCCUGCUGCAGGCGUACUCGCGGGUGGUGGUGAGUGAGAGGGCCCUGAGCGACUUUCCCCUCUUCAAGCGCAUCGUCUUCAGCCUCAGCCAGCUCUCCUUCAAGGACCUCUGUGUCAAGCUGGUCUACAGCAGCUCUGAGAUGCACGAGCUCUUCCCAGACUUCGCUGUCCUGGCGGCCAUCGCCCUGGCCUUGCCCUUGGGCUCGGUCCUCGCCGAGAAGAUCAGCCGGGGCCGGGAGCUGCUGAAGCGCAGCCGGUCGCGCCGGACGAAGGACGAGGGGCUCUCUGACCUCAUGAAGAUCGCCAUCGACGGGCCGGCCAUCAGUGAGUUUGACUUUGCGUUGGCCAUCGAGUACUACGAAAGCAUGAGGGAGUCUGGGUUCAUCAUGACGCAGGUGAAGUGAGUGUGGCCAGUGAGGGCUGAGCCCUCGGGCGGGAGCCGGGGCCUGCAGGCAGUGCCCAGCACCAGCUCAAUGCUGCCUUUCCACGUCGCUGGUCACUGUGGGGCUGGGCGGCCGCGGUGGAUGGUGACCUGCUCCGUGCUGGGAAGAGGAAACAGGAUCCUUCACAAAGCCACGCUGGUCCUAUGACCACCCCUCCCUCAUCCACCAAGCAUCUGGCUGAAUUGCCCAGAAUUCAAAAGCCUGGGGCCACCUAAGGUCCCAAAUUGCAAUGAUUUUUCUCCAAGGGUUUGUCAUUAUUUUGUUUUAGGGAUAGGAAGGCAAAUCUUCUCUUGAGCUCAAAUGUCAUGUUGCCUUUGCACAAAGAUACCCAGCAGCUUCUGCUUAAUACUCUGCAAAAAUAAUAGAUUUCUGUUGUUCUGGAGCCUCGAGAGCGAAUGCAGAAAAGGCAGAACAUCCUCCCAGCCUGGAGUCGACCCUGACAUGCCUGGCGGUGUCGUGUUGGUGUUCCUUGUGCACAGCACAGAGUAUUUUUAGCAGUGGCAUCAAGUCAUGAUCAUUUCAAGAGCAAGAGAUUUAGGGAACGAUAUUGUAAUGGCCAAGGAAAUAUAACUUUAAAUGCGUCAUUGUGUACAUAUGUGUAUGUGUGUAUAUAUAUAAAUAUAUAUAUAUAAAUAUAUGUAUUAAAAAGGUCUAACUUAAUUUUCCUAGUGCUUAAAGUUUAAAGAUAUAUAAAGGGACUUUUUUUGCAAGGACAGAAUAAAUUAUGAUCGGCGUCCAGAAAUAAUCAGUAGUGUAUUUCUGGUCUUUCCAAAACGUCCACACGUCUCAGCUUUCCCUUUGCACCCUGAGCUCUCGGCAACCUGCUGCCCAAGAGAAAGUCCUUCAACACCUGCUUUUGAGACCAUCCAGAGGUGUUCAGCUUGCAUUCCUCCUCUGAAGUGUUACUCUCUUUAUCCUGAGGUGAGCAGAGCUGUUGGUGCCCGUGGUGGGCAGGGGCUUGGGCACCUCUGCCCUCGGGUCUGGGGGUGCUGGCGCGGUGGCUGAGUGGGGCUGGGGUGCUGCGUGGUGUGUUCCAGCAUGACAGGGCUCUGCUGGUUUUGACUUGGAAGGCUGUUUCCU